ACACAGGGCGGAGGGCGUUGUUCAGGAAAGUUUCAACUAGCGCCCGAUAGACCCCCACCACUCCUGACACAUCGCCAUAUAUAUACCGAACGCGCCCUAAAUCCGACACACUCCUUCGGGUUCUCUCGUCUUGACCACAUCUCCUGUAUCACACAAUGGCCAAGUUCAUCAUUCUUCUCGUCGCCACCUUUGCUCUGGCUCAUGCUGGUAUGGUGCGCCGAGAUGCGCCCACACCGCUGCAAGAUCUGCAGAAACACGGCGAAGAGUUCCAGAAAGUGUUUUCCGAACAGUUGAGCGCUAUUGUCUCUUCUAAGAAUACUCAAGAAGUCCAGAAGGCGAUCAAGGAUGGUUCCGAUUCUCUGCUCCAGCAAAUGUCAGCUUUCACUGCCAGUCUACAGGACGCUAUCAGCGACGCAAACGGUAAAGUGAAGGACGCGUUGGAGCAGGCUAAGACCAACUUGCAGCGUACUGCAGAGGAGCUGCGCCGCGCACACCCUGAGGUCGAACAGCAGGCGGCCGCGCUUAAAGACAAGCUGCAAGCCGCUGUACAGAACACUGUACAGGAGACACAGAAGUUGGCUAAGGAAGUGGCGACCAACGUUGAGGAGACGAACGCGAAACUAGCGCCAAAGAUCAAGGCAGCUUACGACGACUUCGUGAAACAGGCCGAGCAGGUGCAGAAGAAUUUGCACGAAGCCGCCAACAAGCAGUAAAAGAUGAUAUCAUUUAAAUAAAUCGUAUAGUUUUAAUCAA